GGGCUAGAACCCGGGCCUGCUGACUCCGUGCCCAGUGCUCCGCCAGCCUCUCGAAGCUCGCGCUGAGCACGUUCCCACCCCCCAGCCCCACUUAUCCUGGGCCAGGGAGUGAGGGGCUGGCUUCUGCCUCGGACGACCCCCUGGGAUCCGGGGAGCGCUUGGGGAUCUUCGGCUUGGACCCCGGAAGCGCCGCGCAACUCCCGGGAGCAGAGAGAGCGCUCGGGUUUGUCACUUUAAAGAGGGAGCGGGCGGGCGAGCGCGAGAGAGCGCGCGGCGGGCUCCUGGGAGCGUGCCCGGACUGCGGCGCAGCUCGCGACUGCCGCCCCGGCCCGGCCGAGCCCCCGGCCCGCGCCGCGCUCCCCACAGGCGGGCGCGGGGAGACACUGCAGGCGUGGCUCCGCCGGCGACGGCCGGGCUUGGCGCCGGUGCGUGCGCGCUGCGGGAGGCCGGCCGGGAGCCGGGAGCCGAGAGCCGGAGCCAGAGCGGGAGCGGCGGCCCCUCCGCGGAGCCGGGUCUCAGCCCCUGCGGUGGGCGUCAUGGCCGUGGACGUGGCAGAAUACCACCUGAGCGUCAUCAAGAGCCCCCCUGACUGGGAAGUGGGUGUCUAUGCUGCCGGGGCCCUGGCACUGCUGGGAAUUGCAGCUGUGAGCCUGUGGAAGCUCUGGACGUCGGGGAGCUUCCCCAGCCCCUCCCCGUUCCCAAACUACGACUACAGGUACCUUCAGCAGAAGUAUGGUGAGAACUACGCAGAGGCCCGGCAGAAGAGAGUGGCUGCCUGGAAUGCCCAGCGGGCCAGCACUAGGGGGCCACCCAGUCGCAAAGGCAGCCUCAGCAUUGAGGACACCUUUGAGAGCAUCAGCGAGCUGGGACCCCUGGAGCUGAUGGGCCGUGAGCUGGACCUGGCCCCCUAUGGGACCCUCCGAAAAUCCCAGUCGUCCGACUCCCUGAACUCCAUCUCCUCCGUGAGCAACACCUUCGGGCAGGACUUCACGCUGGGCCAGGUGGAGGUGAGCAUGGACUACGAUGCUGCCUCCCACACCCUCCACGUGGCUGUGCUGCAGGGCAAGGACCUCCUGGAGCGGGAGGAAGCCAGCUUCGAGUCCUGCUUCAUGCGCGUCAGCCUGCUGCCGGACGAGCAGAUCGUGGGCAUUUCCCGGAUCCAGAGGAAUGCCUACUCCAUCUUCUUCGAUGAGAAGUUCUCCAUUCCCCUGGACCCUGCAGCCCUGGAGGAGAAGAGCCUGCGGUUUUCCGUGUUUGGCAUCGAUGAAGAUGAGCGGAAUGUGAGCACAGGGGUGGUGGAGCUGAAGCUUUCUGUGCUUGACCUCCUGCUGCAGCCCUUCGGCGGCUGGCUCUACCUACAGGACCAGAACAAGGCCGCCGACGCUGUGGGCGAGAUCCUGCUGUCCCUCAGCUACCUCCCAACGGCCGAGCGUCUUACAGUGGUCGUGGUGAAAGCCAAGAAUCUCAUCUGGACCAACGACAAGACCACAGCGGAUCCCUUCGUCAAGGUGUACCUGCUGCAGGAUGGGAGGAAGAUGAGCAAAAAGAAGACGGCUGUGAAGAGGGACGACCCUAACCCAGUGUUCAAUGAAGCCAUGAUCUUCUCAGUGCCAGCUAUUGUGCUCCAGGACCUGUCUCUCCGUGUGACGGUAGCUGAGAGCAGCAGUGAUGGCCGUGGGGGCAACGUGGGCCAUGUCAUCAUCGGGCCGUCGGCCAGUGGCAUGGGCACUACGCACUGGAACCAGAUGCUGGCCACGCUGCGCAGGCCCGUGUCCAUGUGGCACCCUGUCCGGCGAAACUAG